UGCAUGCGUGCGUACGAGAAAGAGAGAGAGGGAGAGAUAGGCGACGUCACAAAUCGAUAUGACGUCAAACUUGUCUGCAUGACGUCAGUUUUUUUUCAAAGCUUCAAUAUGUCACACAUGACGCAGGAAUGAUGGCAGUGCCAGUCAUGCCCGAGAGUCCCUGUGUCACAAUGCUGGCCUCCACUGCGCGCCUGUAGACACGCGGCGCUGUCCGCACCAACUCUGUCCCACAUCCUAAUGUCUCCAUCUCCAGCCUGGCCGCCGCGAGGACAGCAAUGUCUGCCACUGUUCCAUUCUUGUGCCUGAGCCGUCGGUCGUGUUUUUGAAAACUAGAGACAGAUUGUCUUCCGCUAUUUCUGGACAAUCUCGGCCAAGCUUCCUGCGUCCAGUGGAUGGCCAGCUGUGGAUGUUGGGCGAGGGACUUCGUGCAUGAGGGUUGUGUUCAUGCCGCCAGGUGUGACAGGUGUGACAGGUGUGAGGACACACCCCCACGCUGCUGCGGACUUUCAGCAGGCCGACGUUAACAAUGGCCGGCUGAAAAUGGUUGAAGAACAGAAAGAUAAACUAAGGAAACCCUUAGCUUUGGGAGCAAAAGAGGACGCGGAAUCGGACUCAUCGACUAGUGAUAAUGAAGAGCAGCCCGGGUCAUCGAAGGCAAUCGUCAAGCGGCCUGCGUUCUACGGCUCGGUGCUGGGCAUGUGGAGGCUGCAGUCGUCGGAGUUUUUCGACGAGUUUUUGCAAGAUUUAGGUGUCAGUCACUUGAGGCGCAGGCUGAGUCUCAACCUGGGCACCUUCGAGGAGAUCUUGCGAGAUGGAGAUAACUGGACCAUCCGCAUCAGCACACCCAUCAAAGCAAAGGAGAUCAACUUCCAGAUACAAAAGCCUUUUGAGAUCAAAUCCUUCGAUGGCAAAUUGGUAAAGGUGGUGAUCACCCUGGACGCGGAACUCAAGAAGAUGGUUGUGCGUCAGCUCAGGACUUCCCCGGGAGAGAGCUUGGUCAACAUCGUGAGGGAGGUGCUGCCUGAUGACUCCAUGCGCAGCACCAUCACUAGCGACCAGUCUGAAAUCGUGGCCAGGAGAUACUACACACGAUGCAAUGCUGAAUGACAUCAGCGACAAGGAGGCAGGGUCGGCCAUGACUUCAAAGCAACACCACUCAGUGCACUCUGUCCAUCCCGUCUACAAAUCAUACUGAAGCAGCCAAGAGUUUUUAUUUUUUAACCUGAUCUUGGAAAUAACGAUUAUAAAAAACAUGUAUCCUUAUUUCAAAUUCCACAUAACACAUGAUGGCUUGCAAGCGGUACAUACUUGAACUAUUGACUAUUCUGUGUGAUUUUAAAAAAAAUUGCAAUCAGCGUUCACAACCGACCCAAGCUUUAAUUUUAACGGGCCAGCAUCCCCACACCCUUACACCACCCACAUAAAUGCAUAAACCAUUUUUAAAAAGGCUGACUGGAGUUCCCUUUUAAAUAUUGUGCGAUUUUAUUGUUUGGAUUCUGUUUCAUGGCACAUGGAAUCGCACGUGGGUGCAGCUAUGUUUACAUCCAAAUUUUACUUCUUGUCAUCUCGAUGAAAAAAACAUCAAAUAACGUAUAGCAAUAAUUUUCAUUUUUUUGAUUGUUUGUUUGUUUGUUUUUUUUAGGGGAGGAAGUGUGGAAGUGAAGGUGAGGAUACAGAGAGAAAACAUUUUUUUUAAAGACUGGCCCUCACGUGUGUGGCUGUAAUAUAUUAUUCAGGGGAGAUAACCGCUGAUUUACUAGUGGCCAACAUUUAUGGCGUAGCCUCCCUUAGUAUGUGCGGCUGUUUAGGGAUCCGCCGUCAAAACGUUUGGGGGAGAUGGUGGAGGGCAACAACAAGGCACAUAACUCCUGCCUAGAAGAGUUCUGUCCCUUUAGGUGGUCAUGUACGAAUUAUUGCUGUAAAUAUCUGAAAUAUCGAAAUUAAUGGAAAGAUCGGAGCACAUCAUUUGA